AUGUUCUCUUUGGUGCUGUCUGCUGCUAUCCUCUCUGUGGUGCGGGCCCGGGACUGUCCAGCUAAGGUGGACCUGGUUGCGAAUUUCGAUUUGACUUCGUACGCCCAAGGCACGUGGUACGAGAUAGCCCGCUACACCAACACUCUGGAGAAUUCUGGCAACUGCGUCAUCACCAAUUACACCAAGAGAGGUGACAACGACUUCGUGAUAGAAGUCAGCGAGGUUCAGGACGGCAAGCUGAUCGUCUACGAUGGACUGCUGGACCUGUCAACUGAUGACCAUCUGAAGGGCAUCGUUAACUACGUCUUCUUGAACGGCAAGUCAAACUACAAAAUCCCGAUCACUUUCCUGGCAGUAGACUACAACAACUACGCCAUCAAGUACGCCUGCAUGACCGACCCCAAAACCAAAGCCAAAACUGAACUAGCAUGGGUCCUCUCAAGAACCAAGCAGUUGUCGUCCAGCACCAAGGCCACAGUGGACGGCAUCAUCGCAUCCUCCAAGGUCCUGGACAAAAACCGCUUCUUCUGGGACGACUUCGGUGACAGCUCCUGCAAGGCCACCGGCAGCAGCAUCGACAGGACUCUGCCGAAGAGAAUGUCGUAG